AUGGUUGAAGCCCAGAAGUAUAGAAUUGAACAAGAAAUGACCAAUAUGGUCAAUGAAUUAGACCGGAGUCAUUUGAGAAAAAUGCAGGGUGAUAUGCACAGAUGUGCUGCAAGAUGUUGUGAUGACCCAAAUUCCUCAUUAGAAAGAGUCCAUGGCUGUAUAGAAAACUGUACAUCAUCACUCAAUCAAGCUAAUAAUUAUGUUCAGAAUGAAAUCAAUGUCCUACAAAACCGACUCCAGAGGUGCGUUAUGGACUGCAAUGAUUCUGCAAGAGAUAGACUUGGGCCAGAUCCAAGCCAGGAAACGAUUGACAAAUGCACAAUAGAUUUCGAGAAAUGUGCAGUGAAAUGUGUUGACAAGCACAUAGGUUUGAUUCCAAGCAUGUUGAAAACAAUGAGAAAAGUACUGGCGAGUGGGAAACCUCCCCCAGCUAGAUCUGAAUAA